CAAAAACGAAGAGGCUCUCUGCUCUCUGUCACUGUCUCUUUCUCUCUCACUCGCUCAUUCAUUCACUCACUCACUCACUGCAAAGCGGAAUUCGAAAUCCUUCCUUUACGUAUACAAAUACGAUACCCUUUCUUCCUUCCUUCCUUUCCCUUCGCUCUUCCUUCCCUUUUUCCACUUUGUCUGUUCUUCUUCUUCUUCUUCCCGGAGAAGGGGAGAGAGAGCUUUAGCUUUUUGUUCUUGCUCUUCUUGCUGCGGUUGGGAGGCCGGAAGAUGUCGACCCAAAACCGGCGUUCGUCCUUCUCCUCGUCCACGGCGUCCUCUCUCGCCAAGAGGCACGCCCCCUCGUCGGAGAACGCCGGGAAGCCCGGGAACGCCCCGCCUCCGCAUCUGGCCAAGAAACGGGCCCCUCUGGGUAACCUGACGAACCAGAGGACUGAGGGCAAUCCCGGAGGCCCGCUCGCUCAUUCCACUACGGUGCCAAAGAUGACGAAAAUGGCCAAGGCGAGGAAGGCACCCUCCGCUUCGAACGGCACUGGCGUGACCCCGGGCAACAGCUUGCCUGUGUUCUCGAGUGUAAAAUCGAGUGUAGCUGUCCCGAGCAACAACACGUCAGGUCGGAGAACAGAAGAAACAACCCAUGUUCCUGUCCCGACUGUCGCCACUCUUCCCGCGCAAUGCAGCCUCCCUGUCUCUCCCAGUACAUCGGAUGGGCAUUCGGUCUCAGUGGAUGAAACAAUGUCCACUUGUGAAUCUUUUAAGAGCCCAGAUGUUGAGUACAUUGACAAUUACGAGGUUUCAGCUGUCGAUUCCAUUGAUAGGAAAACAUUCAGCAGCCUCUACAUUUCGGAACAUUCAGAGAAAGCAGUUAACAUUUGCAACAGAGAUGCUCUCACGGAUAUGGAAAUGGAUGAAAAAGCCAACAUCGACGAUAAUUACAUGGACCCACAGCUUUGUGCAACCAUCGCCUGCGAUAUUUACAAGCAUCUCCGAGCAUCUGAGAUGAAGAAAAGACCCUCCACAGACUUCAUGGAAAGAAUUCAAAAGGAUAUCAAUCCGAGCAUGCGUGCUAUACUAAUUGAUUGGCUCGUGGAGGUGGCUGAAGAGUACAGGCUCGUACCUGAUACCUUGCAUCUGACUGUCAACUACAUUGAUCGGUAUCUCUCAGGAAACGUGAUGAACAGGCAGCGUCUACAGUUGCUUGGAGUAGCUUCCAUGAUGAUUGCCUCGAAGUACGAAGAGAUUUGUGCGCCGCAAGUGGAAGAGUUCUGUUACAUAACCGAUAAUACAUACUUCAAGGAUGAGGUUCUACAAAUGGAGUCGGCUGUGUUGAAUCACUUGAAGUUCGAGUUGACAGCCCCAACUGCCAAAUGCUUUCUAAGACGAUUCGUCCGUGCUGCUCAAGCCGCCAGUGAGGUUCCAUCGAUGCAGCUCGAGUGCUUGGCCAACUACUUAGCUGAACUCUCGCUACUAGAGUACAGCAUGCUCUCUUAUGCCCCCUCGCUUAUUGCCGCUUCUUCUAUAUUUCUUGCAAAUUACAUACUUGUCCCCUCGAAGAGACCUUGGGAUUCGACCUUACAACAUUACACUCUGUAUCAACCAUCAGAUUUACGGGAAUGUGUGAAGGAACUGCACCGUCUUUGCCUCAACAGCCAGAGCUCUAACUUGCCCGCCAUCAGAGAGAAGUAUAGUCAGCAUAAGUACAAGUAUGUGGCGAAGAAGCACUGCCCACCAUCAAUACCUGCAGAGUUCUUCCACAACAGUGCUCAUUGAGCUGUGCGCGGUUCUCUUGUUCCAAUGUUUUGUUGGAUCGGGUCAAAGUUGGCUCAUUGAUUUUCCUAUUUCAUGGGCAAGAGAGCAGCCCGCCCUUGUAUUCAUCGGCCAUUCUGUACAAUGUUUCCUGUCUUGUACUGAUAUUUUCCACCAACAAGCUAGGCCCUAUGAGAUCAGUUGGUGGAUCGAUGAUCGAUCGUUAUAACUUGAUCUUUGUGGUUCGAUUAUGCAAGUUAAAUUCAAAUUGCAAGUUCAAGUUAA